AUGGCAGAAGGUCGAGUCAGAGGCGGUUGGAAUAGGCACGUGACGACACGCAAUGCGAAGCAGACUCGGAAGAAAAGGGGGAGAAAUGUUGAGACUACAGCGGGAGGUCCUGUAAUUUGCUCCGCCGCGGUGCUAUUCCAGGACCCCUGGUUCACGUUGCUGGUAACAGCGUGGGUGCUGUGUGGGCUGGCAGUAGCAGCAUGGCUGCUGUGGGAUCGACACGCGCAGUACGAGAGCCGCAGGGAGGAGGCGCUGGGCGUGUGGUGCAAGGAGCGCGCCCUCACGCUGCAGCAGCUCGUGCUCACCCAUGUGGGGCAAACCCAAACCCUCACGGGCAUCAUUUCAGUGAUGGGCAAGCCAGGGCGGAGGCACAAGUGGGAGUUGGACAAGUGUUUGAACGGCAGCACGUGGGAGGCCUACCUCACUCGCACCGCCUAUGCUCGCCCGGGCAACACCGGGGCGCUCUCCUGUGUCUUCGUGAAAGACGAAGAGAGGGCGUCCUUUGAGCGGCAGUACGGCAGCAUAAGAGACAACACUCUCAACAUCAGUGCACAGCGCCCCAUCUACUGCCCCAAGAUCCUCCAAUUCUCCACAAUAUCGGCCAUGAAUGGCACGCAAAACGUUGAUGUCAUGAAGCGAUUUGUCACGGAGGUUCCACUGGCUGUGGAGGGAAGGCCUUUCUACACCUGGCCAUACCCCUUGGCUGGUUCGUCAACCCAUGCUGGAUUCGGCGUGGCCUUUCCUCUCCGCCGCAGUCUCCUUACAAACCACUCGAGCCAAGCAGCCAUGUCGAUGGUGUAUGGGACACUUGCCGCUUCCGUAGACGCGACAUCCAUUGCGAAGAAGGUCGUGGAAGAGUUGUAUGCACGUGACACAUCAAAGUCGUUCGAACUAUACGACGUCACGAAUCGAUCGAUGCUCUUCGCCAUCGUCUCACCAGUCCCGCCUCACAGCUACUUCCUCCCCAACGACCCUGUCGCUCGCAUGCUUCCCUCUCCCACGUCCGAAACUCGCCCCUGGGAAAAUCCGGCGAUGGUGCCCCUGGAGGAGAUGGGAGCAGGCGUACGCAAGUAUGAGGUCUGGUGCAGGCACACAGAGCCUUCCAACGCGUGGCAAUCAUGGGGCGUCCCCAUCCUCAUCGCCCUCUUCGCCCUCCUCCUCGUGCUUCUCGUGGUGGUAGCGGCUCGGAUUCAGUGCGCCCAGUUCUUCCAGACCCAGCAGCAGACGGCGGAGGCCGACAGGCUGAGGAAGAAGGCGGAGGACACGGAGGCAUCAAAGAGCAUGUUCUUGGCUUGCAUGUCUCACGAGCUCAGGACGCCGAUGACGGGGAUAAUUGGCAUGCUUGAUGCUCUAGCAGACAUGGCUCUCCAACCCCCUGAGAUGUCAGACCUCCUCAGCGCACGGGGGUGUGCGAUGGAUGCACUGCAUCUGGUCAACCGCGUGUUGGACCUGGCAAAGUUGGAGGCAGGGAAGGCGGUGGUAGAUGAGACGGGCUUCAGUGUGCGUGAGUGGCUUCAAGGGGCGUUGUAUUGGCACGUGGAGGCGGCAUGUUCCAAAGGCGUAGAAUGUGAGUUGAUCAUUAAGGCGGACAAGGUGUUUGUGGAUGAGACGGCUUCACUGUGCGCACUGCGCGGCAUUGUGGACGACAAUGUGCCGGGUCGCAUCAUUGCCGAUCAGAUGCACCUCUCUAAAGUGCUCAAAGAAAUCACAGAUAACGCAGUGAGGCUCACGGAGCAAGGCCGCGUGACAGUGCGGGUGUCCCUGGUGCCUCGUGGGACAAGCUUGGAAGACGCCCUUCGUUGCCAGGGCCUUUCCACACCCACCCUUCACGCACCCACGUCCACUCUCACCAGCCGGGCUGCUGCCUUGCUUUCCUCAUCAUGGGACUGGCUGAAGGAGGCUAUGAGGGAAUUGCCAGCAGCAGCGGCAGCAGCAGCAGCGGCAGCAGCAGCAGCAGCAGCAGCAGCAGCAGCAGCGGCAGCAGCAUCAAGUGCAUCGAGCAGCCCAUCCAGGGAUCGGCCGGGGGUGCUGGUGGUGUCGUGUCGGGACUUGGGGUGCGGCCUGCCAGCGUCCCUCCAUGGAGUUCACGGCAGCAGGGAGGCUUCACACUUCUCGCUCGCGGAGCUGCACGAGACAGGGAGUGGAUCAGGAGCAUCGCUCGGCCUCGUGCUCAUGCACCAGAUGGUGACUCUAAUGAAGGGAGAGAUCGCCUUUGAUUCCCAGCCUGGAUGUGGCUCCACUGUAGCGUUUUCCGUGCCGGUGGCCAUUCCCUCCCUACAAGAACAUUCCUCGCUACAAGAACCGUCGUUACAAGAACACUCCUCGCUACAAGAGCACUGCUCGCUACAAGAAGGCUCGCUACAAGAACACUGCUCGGACGAGGAACACGAAGUGGUGGAAUUGCAAGACGUGCAGAGUCAACAGCAAUGCCUGCCUCCUCAUCAUUAUCAUCACCUUCAGCAGCAGCAGCAGCAGCAGCAGCAGCAGCAGCAGCAGGAGCAGGAGCACGAGCAGCAGCACGAGCAGCAGCAGCAGCAGCAGCAGGAGGCUCCCCAGCAGCAGCGGGAGCGGUCACUAGCAGCGGCAGGGAGGGUGGGCAGCGAGGGACCCAGCUCUAGAGCUCUCGAGAGAACAGCAGAGAGAGAGAGCAGGAGGACGAGCGUGAGGAAGAGUAUGAGCGCAAUCGAACGCCCUCCUCGACCCGUCUCUGCCAAUGCAGCCACAGGAGGGGCGACUGCUGGGUCAGGCCUGCGGGCAGUGGCGGACGAGGCUGUGACGCGGGCGUGGGUGGGGGGGCUGCGAGUGCUAGUGGUUGACGACACGCCCGUCAACCUCCUCGUGGCCCGCCGCUCCCUCGCCCGCUGGGGCGCCCUCGUAACCACCGCCUCCCGUGGGGAGCAGGCGGUAGAGUUGAUUGCUGGUGGUGUGGUGAGGGUGGAGAGAAAGGAGGAGGAGGAGGAGGAGGAGGAGGAGGAGGAGGAGGAGGAGGAGGAGGAGGAGGAGGAGGAGGAGGAGGAGGAGGAGGAGGGGAGAAGGGAGCAGGAGAUGAGAGGGGAGGAGACAGGUUUAAUGGUUGGGGAAGGGUUGCGAGAAGAGGGACGGGAGUUUUCUGAAUUGAUGCGAGCAGGUGGGGGGGAGGCUGGUGAGAUGGUUGAGAGUAGUGGCAUGAGGAUGGUGGCUGGGACGGUUGAGAGCAGUGCAGAGGAGUUGGCGGAUAGAAGAGAUGGGUGUGGGGCACGGGGAGAGAGUGAAGGAGAAGGGGCUGCUGAGAGAGGCGCAGAUGAUGGAGGUGGGCGGAGGGGAGGAGGCGGGCGUGCAUCAGAUGAAAGAGGCGGGGGGGAUGGAAAGGGAGGGCAUGAGAGAGCAUCAUGGUGUCAUGCGUUCGACUUGGUUCUCAUGGACCUCCAGAUGCCGGGCAUGGAUGGGUGA